AUGAAAUCUCUUUUAUUUAUCUUUUUAUUAAUAGUUUCUAUAGUUUCAGGUUAUUACUGUGGUUUUAAUUAUUGCAGAGAGGGUCAAGUUACGAUACAAGAAGAUGAUGGUUGCAGUUGUGUGGAAGAAAAUAAAAGUGAAGUUAAAAUUACAUCUGCUUUAAUGGGAACAUGGGAGGAUGGUAGCCGUGGUGGUGAUACAUUUAUGAGUGUAGAGUACAUAAUAAUAAACAAUGGUGCUAAAGACCUUCGAAAUAUUUUUAUUGUUCCUAAUGAAACAUUGUCAAUUCGUGAUUCACUCUAUAGUGAUGACUCAAUAUGGAAUAUAAUUAUUAAUAAUGGUGGUUUAACACUACCUUAUUAUCAAAACACAAUAAAUUCAAAUCAAUGCUAUAAAUUUGGUUUUAUCAUUAAAAGUAAAACAAUACCAAGCCUAAAAGUAGCUUCAAUUGGUUAUUGA